AUGGUUAACACAUCAAAUAAUCAAUCAAGUAUUAAUAAUACAUCUGAAAUAGACAAUUAUCUUUAUAGUGAUACUGUCACAACUCAGGAUAGUAAUAAUACUAACUUACCUUUUGAAAACAAUUCAUUAUAUGAACAUAUUGAAGAUAGUGAUACUAAUAAUACUUAUAUAAAGAAACAAAAUCUAGAAAAGGCUAAAGUUAUUUUAGAUAAAAAAAUAGAAUUUCUUUUAGAAUUUGAAAUUCCAAAUUUAAGAGAUUAUGAAUAA